CACAGAAGGUGCAAAAGCAGCUCAGAAGCUGUAUGAGAUUAGCAUUGGUUUAGUGAGAAUAAAGCUCUUUCAGAUUACAGAAGAAGGACUUCUACAUUGUGGGUUAAUUUUUGGAUUCAUCAUGAGAUCGUUUCUGGUUUCACAACAUCUGCUGGUGAUCUUGUCAGUCGUGUCACUCACCAGAGCACAAACAAUAUUUGCACCAACAACAACAGAAGGAGCUACAACAACACCUGUACCAACAACAGCAGCUUCAGAAACCACUACAGAAACCACCACAGUCACACCAGAAACCACCACUAGAGUGGAAACCAGCACAACAGGCAUUACAACAACACCUGAUCCAACAACACUGAUAGCAACCACCACAUCAACCACCAUCACCACCACAGUCCCAUCAACCCCUUCAACAGUAACUUCAUUGGCAGAAACCGUCAUAGGAGUUCAAAUGAAAUUUAACUCAUUUUCAGACCUAACACAGAGUGGAAACAUUGAGGAUACUUUGCGUCAAAUAAGACAAGAGCUGAUCAAUCGUGGAGUGUCAAGCAACUUUGAGCUCAAGUUAAGAAAAGUCAAAAAGACACAAUGGUGAUACAUGGAUACAUGGAACUAAAACUCUGAAUGUCAUUGCCACUGAAGAUGUAGAAACUAAUAAAGAAAGGAAUGUCACUCCACAAGAAGGGAACAUGUAUAUUUUCUCACCCUUCAACACAUUUAAUACCUGAAACAAACAUGUUUCAGCACAGUGCAUCAAAAUGAAUUAUAUACCAUGUUUGUUUAGCUUAAAUAAUAAUCAUUGAUUUUCCUUUUUUUGUCACGUCUUCUAAAGAGUUUCAGGGGUUUUAACUUAUCAAACUGAUCUGUAGUAUGUAAACAAUGACAUUAAACCUGUUCUGCGUCUACAGCUCCA